AGUUGUGGUGGUUCCUGCGCAGUGACACGUCUCCCUCCCCGCUCGCGCUGCCCGAGGCCGAAGUUGAGGUCGGGGUUGGAGGAGAGAGAGGGAGGUGGGAAAGGCAGGAAGCGGGCGGCCCCGGCCGCCGCUGCUCUCGCGGGAUCCCUGGCGAGGCAGCUGCCGAGCUGGGCGGGCUGGCUUCAGAGAGAGCCAGAGAGAAGGCGCGAGGGGGGCGGGGCGUGUGAGCGGCCAUGGCGGGGCAGCAGUUCCAGUACGAUGACAGCGGCAACACCUUCUUCUAUUUCCUCACCAGCUUCGUGGCCCUCAUCGUCAUCCCCGCCACCUACUACCUGUGGCCGCGCGACCAGCACGCCGAGCAAAAUCGUUUAAAGAACCUAAGAAAAGUAUAUGGAAGAUGCCUGUGGUAUCGAUUGCGAUUGUUAAAGCCUCAGCAGAACAUAAUUCCCACUAUAAAGAAAAUAAUUCUGCUUGCUGGAUGGGCGCUAUUUUUGUUUCUUGCUUACAAAGUUUCCAAAACAGACAGGGAAUAUCAAGAAUACAACCCAUAUGAAGUAUUAAAUUUAGACCCAGGAGCAACUUUACCAGAAAUUAAAAAGCAGUACCGUGUGUUAUCACUGAAAUUCCAUCCAGACAAAGGAGGUGAUGAAGCUGUGUUUAUGAGGAUUACCAAAGCUUAUGCAGCUUUAACUGAUGAAGAAUCUCGAAAAAAUUGGGAAGAAUUUGGCAAUCCUGAUGGGCCACAAGCUACAAGCUUUGGGAUUGCAUUGCCAGCUUGGAUUGUAGAUCAGAAGAAUUCUAUUUUGGUUUUGCUGGUGUAUGGAUUAGCAUUUAUGGUUAUCCUUCCAGUGGUUGUAGGUUCCUGGUGGUAUCGAUCAAUACGCUAUAGCGGAGACCAGAUUCUCAUUCGUACAACGCAAAUUUAUACCUAUUUUGUUUAUAAAACAAGAAAUAUGGAUAUGAAAAGGCUUAUAAUGGUUUUAGCAGGAGCCUCCGAAUUUGAUCCUCAGUAUAAUAAAGAUGCCACAAGCAGACCUGUAGACAACAUUCAAAUACCACAGCUCAUCAGGGAAAUUGGUAGCAUUAAUUUAAAGAAAAAUGAACCUCCACUUACCUGCCCAUACAGCUUAAAAGCCAGAGUCCUCUUACUGUCUCAUCUUGCCAGAAUGAAAAUUCCUGAGACACUCGAACAAGACCAGCAGUUUAUCCUAAAAAAGUGUCCUGCUUUGCUUCAAGAAAUGGUUAAUGUAAUCUGCCAACUAAUAAUAAUGGCACGUAGCCGAGAAGAAAGGGAAUUCCGUGCACCAUCACUGGGUUCUUUGGAAAACUGUAUGAAGCUUUCACAGAUGACUGUCCAAGGGCUUCAGCAGUUCAAAUCUCCACUUCUGCAGCUCCCACAUAUUGAAGAGGACAAUCUCAGACGAGUUUCUAAUCAUAAAAAGUACAAAAUAAAAACUAUCCAAGACUUGGUGAGUUUAAAAGCAUCAGAUCGCCACAAUCUAUUGCACUUCCUUGAAGAUGAAAAAUAUGAAGAUGUUAUGGCUGUCCUUGGCAGUUUCCCACACAUAACCAUGGAUAUAAAACCCCAGGUUCUGGAUGAUGAAGACAGCAACAACAUCACAGUAGGAUCUCUGGUCACAGUUUUGGUCACCCUAACCAGACAGACGAUGGCAGAAGUGUUUGAGAAGGAACAGUCUACCUGUUCAGCAGAAGAGCAGCCUGCAGAAGAUGGUCAAGGAGAUGCUAACAGAAUUAAGAACAAAGGAUGGCAGCAAAAGAACAAAGGAACAAAGAAGGCUUCCAAAUCGAAGAAGAAAAAACUUUUGAAAAAGAAACCGGCUCCUGCACCUGCAACUGCACCUCUGCAGCAAACCAAGCAGCAGAAGCAAAAACAAGCCAACGGGGUAGUUGGAAGUGAGGUUGUGAAGGACGAUGACGAUGAUGUUUCUGAUAAAGGAAGUGAAUCUGAUGAAGACGACACUAAUAGAGACUCUCUAAGCGAGAAAGAUGAUGGAAGCGACAGAGACUCAGACAGAGAACAAGAUGAGAAACAAAAUAAGGACGACGAAGCUGAGUGGCAGGAAUUACAGCAGAGUAUACAGCGAAAAGAACGAGCUCUCCUGGAAACUAAAUCAAAAAUAACCCAUCCUGUUUACAGUCUCUACUUUCCUGAGGAAAAACAAGAGUGGUGGUGGCUAUAUAUUGCAGACAGGAAGGAACAAACUCUAAUAUCUAUGCCAUAUCAUGUGUGUACACUAAAAGACCGAGAAGAGGUAGAACUAAAGUUUCCUGCACCAGGCAAACCUGGAAACUACCAGUAUACUCUUUAUUUAAGAUCGGAUUCCUACAUGGGCUUGGACCAGAUUAAACCAUUGAAGUUGGAAGUUCACGAAGCUAAACCAGUUCCAGAAAACCAUCCGCAGUGGGAUACAGCAAUAGAGGGAGACGAGGACCAGGAAGACAGUGAAGGCUUUGAAGACAGUUUUGAAGAGGAGGAGGAAGAGGAAGAAGAUGAUGACUAGACAAGACUAUAAACUAUCUGUAUUGACUUGGGACAUCUCUGCAAACUUUUGAUCUGGGAAAGGAGAAAACAAAAACAGCGCAGAAGUACUGAGGAGGGGUUUUUUGUUUUUUGUUUAGUUUCUCUAUCAAUUAUGAGCUUUAUGUAAAUUCCCAGUGGAUGUCUGUCGAUCAGUUGGUAUAAUCUGGAAGAUACUUAUGGCUCUUUACAGCCUUUAAGUACAGGACAGUGCAUUUAUUUCAACUGAAAAUAAAAGCUUUUUUAUUCUAAAUGUCCAGAAGUGUGGGCUAUGUUGUCUGAUCACCUUUUGGUCCAAUACAUUAAGAGGUACUACUACUAAAUAGAAGCAAUCUUUAAAUCAACUUUUCACAUUAGAAGGCUUCUUUUAGAAGUUGUUUGAAGUCUCCAGUUGAGAUUAACAUCCCCUCAAGUUUCCAUCUUCGGUAAAAUCUGAGAGAUCUUUUGCAGUGCUAUAUGAGCACUACUGAUGCUGAGAUUAUUCACAGCUUUAAACCUUCUGUUUUGCUUACUUUGGACUUCAGAAAUUUGCAUCCUAUCCUUAGUUGGGUACAUUCCAUACUUUCAUGAGGGCUGCUUUUCGAGACUUACCUACCUUAUGGGUGUUGGAAGGGGGACUUUGCCCAGGAUUCUUGUGCAGGUUAUAAGUAUUUCUUGACUAUGAAGUAUAUUUCUCAAAAGGCUUAAAACAUGGUUAAGCAUCUAAUAUCAGAAAAUCAUACAAGAUUUAUUUCGUUGGAUAAAGUUUUCUGUGUAAAAGGACCAUGGGACCAUACAGUACACACAGUGGUGGCUUAUACAUAAUACCUUUUGUAAAAGGUAAACUUUCAAAGCUGAAAUUCUUGGCUUUUAAUCUACCUUAUCCUGUCAGAAAUCAGACACACACACAGACACACUAAAAUGGUAUGUUUUUUGUAUUUAUUGCGAACAAUUAAAAUAAACUGGACUAAAUUUGAUAAAACUUUGAUUGUAAUAGUGCAUUUUUCCUCUAUAAUGGGGGCUGAACAGGAAUAUUACUAUGGAGAACCAGGCUUCAUUCCCAACACAGAUAACUGCUUUUAUUCCCAAAUAACUGCUUAAUUUCUAAAGUGAAUAGCUGAGAUUUUCUGUGAAAGAUAAGUGAAAAACCUAAAAUAAAUUUAUGUGGUUAGAAGCUAUAGAAAUACAUCCAAAUGUCAAUCAGUUAGUAAGACUUCAAGCACUCAGUGUUGAGAGACUAGAAGACUGAAAUACUGUAAACCAUUGUGACAAUAGUUUGGUCGUGCAGGAAAAUUUCCAUACAGUGAAGCCACCCAAAGGCCAAAAGAGCUGCUCACUAAUUUGUGAUUUUGUUACAUAGAGGGUUGUCGCAUUAAAUGCAAACUUACAUUGAUAUAUUUCUUUGUAAUUGCAAUAGUUCCAAAUAAAAUUUGAAAAUGUC